AUGGGCUGCACGACCUCCCACGACGCCUUCGCCGCCGCGGUCACCUCCUCCACCUCCCGGGCCAGGGCGCCCCGCGCGUCCGCGUCCGGAGGAGACCCCGCUGCGCUGUGCCGCGAGCGCGUGGCGCUCAUCCGCGCCGCGGCCGACCGCCGGUACGCGCUCGCCGCAGCGCACGCCGCCUACUUCCGCUCCCUCGCCGCCGUCGGCGACGCGCUCCGGCGCUUCGCGGCGUCCGCGCUCGCGCCCGCCACGCCCGAGUCCUCCUCGCCGGUGCUCACGCUCCCGCCUUCCCCCGCCAAGCCGGUCGCCAGCGUCCCGCCGUCGCCGUCGUCCUCUUCGUCCACCGUCUCGCCGCUCUCGCACUCCCUCUCCGACGACGACCUCCAUCUCCAUGACCUUGACGACACCAGACACGGAGGUGGCGGCGGCGGGAGCGAGGAGGCGUCGACGUCGACGUCCACGAGGUACCACCACCACUUCAUGAGAAGAUCGUCCACCGUGCCUACCGUUGUGUACGAGGACCCCGACGCCCAGACCCAGUACACCACAGCCGAGCCCAGCUACGGAUACGCCUACGGCGGCGGGUACGGCCACGCCUACGGAAAUGGCUACGGCUACAGCUACGGGCCUCCGUACCCGUACGGACCCUACGGCGUGGUAAUUGCGGGAGAGACCCCGGAGGCGGCGCCGAGGCAUCCUGGGCCGCCGCCUUCACCCCCGACCGCGGAGGCCUCGCCGUGGGAAUUCUUGGACCCGUUCGCACAGUACGACCAGUUCAUGGAAGACUACGCUGGCGGGAAUCUGCCAACCAACAGCCCCAACUACGCCGAGCUGAGGAGGAUGGAGGGGAUCCCGGAGCUUGAGGACGAGGCCGAGUUAGAGAGGAAGGCGGAGAAAUCCAAGCCAUCGACUUCCGGGGUUUCUGAUCAGGACAUCAAGGGGAAGGGACCGAUUCAAGACAAUGCCGCUUCGAACGGCCAUUUUUCUGGUGACAGCAAGCUGCAGAAGAAUGCCACCUCAAAGGGCGAUUCUUCUGGGGGCAAGCUGCAGAGGGAUGCCACUUCAAUCAGCGAUUCUCCUGGUGGCAUGCUGCAGAGGAAGGGAUCGGAACCACCUCCUGGUGGCAAGUUGCAGAGGAAGGGGUCAGAGCCGGCUGCUGAUGCCGAAGGCGAGGGAGGGAAACCAGUGUCCGGGAAUGAUUCCGUGCCAAGCAAUGCCAGCUCGAAAAGCAAAGAAGGGGGAAAAGAACACGAUAUCUCUUCCAGACUGAUGGAUCCGCUAGGCCUUACUGUGUCGACAUCGUCUUGCCUCCCGAAAUCACAUGGCACGAAGUUAAGAGCAUCAAGCAGCAAGGCAAGCACUUCAGCUUCGUCAGGUGCUGGCCGUAGCAAUGGUAUUGACCACCUCUCAUCAACUCUGGAGAAGCUGUGGUUCUGGGAAAAGAAGCUCUAUCAGGAAAUAAAGGAUGAAGAGAAGCUACGGAUGAAGUACGAGAAGUAUUACAGAAGGCUGAAAUCCAUGGAUGAACGAGGCGCUGAAUCAAGUACAAUUGACUCUGUCCAGUUGUCUGUAAGGCAUCUGAAGUCCAAGAUCAGCAUCAACAUGAGUACAGCUAAAGCCUUCUCGUUAAAGAUACAGGAGAUUCGAGAUGAAGAGCUUUACCCUCAACUGGUUGAUCUCAUCCAAAGGUUCAGAAGGUUGUGGAAAGCCGUUCUGGAAUGCCAUGAGAAGCAGCUAUUAGCCAUACAGGACAGUAGAAUUCACCGGCUGAAGGCGAUGACUGUAAGCGAAUCUGGUGUUGCUUCAGAGGCCUCACGGGAUUUGGAACGAGAGCUCACGAAAUGGUACCGUUGCUUCAACAAGUGGAUGAGCUCUCAAAGGUCUUGUGCUGAGGCGCUCAAUGAAUGGUUGAAGAAAUGGAUCCCUGAGGUGCAGGAGGAAGUCACAGCAGAUGGGGCCCCUCCUUUCUCCCCAGGCAAGCUUGGCGCACCACCUGUAUUCAUCAUCUCAAAUGAUUGGUUUCAAGCAAUCGAGAUGGUCUCCAAGAAUGAUGUGCUGAGAGCAAUCGACCAGUUCUCUAAAGUCGUGCAUGAAUUCAAGAAGAGCCAAGAAGAUGAGCAGCGACAGAAGCGGAAAGCCGAUCACGCUUCCAAAGAUUACAACAGAAAUUGUAAGGAUUUGGAGAUAGAACUUGGUCUGAGUACCAUGGAGAAUCCUCGCUACAGCCAUGACAACCGUGUAAUGGACUUGGAAAAGUUGAGGAAAAGAAGAGACGAGGAGAGCACUAGGCAUGACAAGACCCUGAGUCAUGCUCACGUCGCAGCUUCAGCUACUCUGCCUAUUGGUUUGGUCCCUGUGCUGCAACAUAUCACCAGCUUCUUUCAGAGAAAUCAACAGGUCUAUAUGCAAAUCAGAAUCCAAGGCGCCUGA